AUGGCCGUCCCCACGCAAUUUGCUUAUCGAACGCUCAAAGGCAUUGGUGUUAUCGAGGCUGCCCCAGUCUAUGACUCGUUACGUGGAUUCGAAAGGCCGGACGGAAAUCUCAGAUGUUGUGUCUAUUCGCCUUGCGGACGAUACUUUGCUUGGGCAUCACCUGAGAGAGUGACCGUCGUCGACGCUUCUAUCGGGCACGUAAUCACGUCCUUGCCAGCCCAAAAUGUCUACGAGCUAGGGUUUUCCCCUCUCGGCACCUUCAUCAUUACUUGGCAAAGACCCUCAAAGGACGAUAAUGGUGAUGCUGUCAAGAACUUGAAGGUAUGGAAAGUGGUCGAGGGAGGGCCGGAUCUAGGGGAAGACGAGCAUAAUAUCGUCGGGCGUUUUGUGCAGAAGUCACAGACUGGGUGGAACCUCCAGUAUACGUAUGACGAACAGUACUGUGCGCGCGUAGUCACAAAUGAGGUUCAAUUCUAUCAAAGUGGAGACCUUGCGACUGUGUGGAACAAGCUGCGGGUUGAAGGAGUCACAGAAUUUGCUGUGUCGCCUGGUGAGAACCAUUCGAUCGCUGUAUUCAUCCCGGAACGCAAGGGUCAACCUGCCGCGGUAAAGGUGUUCAACGUACCAAACUUUGAGGCUCCGGUUUCUCAAAAGAAUUUCUUCAAGGGAGAUAAGGUUCAGCUCAAAUGGAACGACCAAGGAACCAGCCUCAUCGUGUUAGCUCAGACCGAAGUCGACAAGUCAGGCAAGAGUUACUACGGGGAAACAACUUUGUAUCUCCUGAGCGCCAAUGGCGGCUUUGAUUCCAGGAUAGAUCUAGACAAGGAUGGCCCAAUCCAUGACGUUACAUGGUCGCCGAACUCGAAAGAAUUUGGCGUGGUAUACGGCUAUAUGCCAGCUAAGACCACAAUUUUCAAUACCAAAGCCAACGCCACUCACGACUUCGCUCUUGGUCCUCGGAACACAAUUCUCUUCUCUCCACACGGGAAUUUCGUACUAGUUGCUGGCUUCGGCAACUUGGCGGGCCAAAUGGACAUUUAUGAUAUGGAAAAUGACUAUCAAAAGAUCUGCACUAUCGAAGCUAGCAAUGCCAGUGUAUGCGAGUGGAGUCCUGACGGAAAGCACAUACUUACUGCGACUACAAGCCCGAGGCUACGGGUCGAUAAUGGUGUGAGGAUAUGGCAUGUUGGGGGAGGGUUGAUGUAUAAUGAGGAAUUGCAAGAGCUUUACCAUGUCACCUGGCGUCCGCAGUCUCCAAAGUCACAUCCCCUGGAAAAUCCUCUUCAUCCUAUGCCUACACCGCAUGCCUCUGCUUUAGCAUACUUGGGCACUGUCAAGACACCAUCGAAGCCGGCUGGUGCUUACCGACCACCUGGCGCUCGAGGUACGCUCACACCUUUAGCUUUCAAGCGUGAAGAUGAGGGUGGUGCCGCAUACAUUAGCAAUGGCAGUCUAUCUUUGGGUCUUGGAGCCAAUGGCUUUGGGAAACCGAGGAAGCGAGAAAUUCCAGGCGCAGCGGCCAUGGCCGAGGAUAAUCAAGCUACGACUGGGGCAGCACCUGCAGAGGGCGACGAGAAUCUGUCAAAGGCAGCUGCAAAGAAUAAGAAGAAGCGGGAAGCAAGGAAGGCGAAGGACGCUGCUGACAAAGCCACUGGGCUUGCGCCAACAGCAAAUGGCGUCUCCUCUGUUACAGCGAUAAAUCCAAGUAGAAGUCCAGAGAGGAGAGUUCAGAAGGGUCAUGAGAGGAACCGGUCAAAGGGACAAUUGGACGCUCCGCCACGCUCGCAGCAAGGCAAGAAAGAACAACGGCAGCCUGAACAGCAACCUCAACGGCCACCACUUCCGACCCCAGCUGCCAAUGGCACAAGCGCAAAGGCGCCACAAGAAGCUCCUGAGCUCUCGGUGACCUCUCCGGGUGGCGGAGGGACACCGCAAGACAAGAAAACCAGGGCUCUGCUGAAGAAGCUGCGGGCCAUUGAUGACCUGAAGAUGAGGCGUGCCGGGGGUGAGAAGUUGGAGGGGACUCAGAUCAAGAAAAUGGACACGGAGGAUGAAAUCAGAAGAGAGCUGGAAGGCUUGGGUUGGAAUGAUUGA